AUGAUUAGGCAUACUCGAUUGAUCCCCUGUUUUAACAGCAAAUUAAUAUCAUAUAUAGCCAACAUUGGUCAUUUUCGACUGAUGCGUGUAGUGGGACGGGGUGCGUUCGGAAAGGUUCGCAUCGUCGAACGGAGAGAUACCAAAGUCUUGUACGCUCUGAAAUAUAUAUCCAAACAUGAUUGUAUUUCAAUGGACGCUGUACGGAAUGUCAUCCGAGAACGUGUAAUGCUAGAGCAGUUGGAUCACCCUUUCAUUUGCCGUCUUCGAUUUGCUUUCCAAGAUGAUGAGUAUAUGUACAUGGUGAUGGACCUCAUGAUGGGGGGAAAUUUGGGCUUUCAUUUAUUACGUCAAAAGUUCGAUGAAAAUGUGAUUCGGUUCUGGAUAGCCGAACUAGCAUGCGCCAUCAACUACCUCCACCAAGAGCGGGUUGUACACCGAGAUAUAAAACCAGACAAUAUUUUAUUAGACGAAGACGGCCAUGCUCAUCUAAGCGACUUCAACAUAGCAUCACAUCUCCCAUCUCACCGACCAUUAACGUCGCAAUCAGGAACUGCACUAUAUAUGGCACCAGAUAUAUAUCGAGGCGGUGGCUAUAAUGAAGCCGUUGAUUGGUGGGGGCUAGGCGUCACUAUGUAUGAGUGCGUCUAUCGAAAGCGCCCAUUUGAUUACGACAAAAGUGAGGAAUUGCAAAAGGCGAUAUUACGCGGCCAUGUUCAUUAUCCGCAAAAUGUUCCAUAUUCAGUAGAAUGUGUUUCGGUUAUUCAAGGCUUAUUGGAACCGAAUCCUUCCAAAAGACUAGGCUAUGGGCCUGCUGGAUGGGCUGCCCUGGUUCACCAUCCCUUCUUUCGAUCAAUAGACUGGCAUCGAUUGAAGGACAAAACGUUCACUCCGCCUUACCGACCACCAUCCAACCAAAAUAACUUCGAUGCAACCCAUGAUCUUGAGGAACUGCUAUUUGAAGACAAUCCACUUUCUGGGCAACCUCGAAAAAACACACGCAGGCAUCGUGCAAAGUCUUCUUCGGGCAUGUCGAAGGAGAUGGAAAAAUAUGAACGCGAGAUGGAUUUCAUUGAGGAGCGGUUUAAGCCGUUUGACUUUACUGUUUUUGAACGAUACGAAGGAUUUCAAGACCCCGUUCGCAUGACCGUCGGUGAACCACCAGAAUGGGUCAAGCCAGCGUUUGAAGGUGCGGAGCAUGGCGAUUUCUUACCUGUGAAGCGAAUCUCAACCACCAGCCAGAUGGAGAGCGAAGAGGCUCUGGUUGGACCGCCACCAGUUGUACCUCCUGCCAUCUAUGCUGAUCGUCAAUGGCGAGAAAAUAACCGGGCACGACCAAGCUAUAUUGCUCCAUUGGAUAGCACAAAUCAAGAUGGUGAACAGCGGCAGCCAUAUGCCGGUCGGAGCGCGGAUAGUAACGGAGGAUUGACCGAAGAGUAUGCAUAUUACCCAGCUAGAGAACUACAAAAGAAACAGAGCAAUCGAAGCUUUCGUGAACGGCGUGAACGGGAUCGAAGGAGCGUUAGUCGAGCAAAUAAUGAUACCCGAGCUACCUCGUCUACGGCAGCAGCCAUAGAGACGCUUGCUGAUAAACUUAAAGAUAUGUGA